AUGGCCAGUGGGUACCAGCUAUGGGCACCCUGGUCCCCACUGGAUGAGUCCCUGCAGUGGCUGCGGCGUGCCGUGCCCAGGCCCAGUAGCACGAAGCACCCUUUCCGGGGCAGACAGAGCCCAGCCUCCGCCACCGACUUAGAGGUACAGCUUUGCUUCCAGGGGCUCAGCCUGGUGCUGGAUCCCAGUGCUAAGGCCGUCGCCAGGCAACUGCAAGCCCCUGGAGUUGCCAAGGAGACCAGGGAGUGUGGCGGGGCUGUGCACAAGCCUCAGGCCGUUAGACUUACAGGGCUCGACUCAGUCUUUGGACACCUGGUGACAGCGCAGCCUCCGCACUGGACGGGCUCCCUGCGGGUCUCGGAGCGCUCGGCUUUCUGCCAAGUCAUCAGCCCCCAGCAGCGCAGGCCCAACGGGCUCCGGGAACCCCAAGUGCACCUGGCUAUGGCCAUGUGCCGCCAAAUGCUGCGGGCCAUCCUCCUGCUUUACGCCGCCUACAAGAAGUGUGCCUUCGCCCUACAGCAUUCCCGCUAA